ACGCGCCUGACGCAAAUGGACAUAGACGUCAUGACGUCGCGUUCGUUCCUCGGGGCGCUUCCCGGGCUCGCGCGGGUCACGUGGGUCGCUUUUCGCGCGAAAACUGCUAAUUGUGGGAGCGGAGUAGACAGCAACGCUGCGAUGGCGGAAUCAUCCGAGUCCUUCUCCACGGCAUCUAGUCCUGCCCCGAGGCGGCGAGGCAAUGACCUCCUCACAUCUAGCCCUGGCCGAAGCUCGCGACGCACGGAUGCCCUGACCUCCAGCCCUGGCCGAGACCUUCCUCCUUUUGAGGAUGAGUCUGAGGGCUUGCUAGGCACAGAGGGGCCCAUGGAGGAAGAGGAGGAUGGUGAAGAGCUGAUUGGAGAUGGCAUGGAGAGGGACUACCGUGCCAUCCCUGAGCUGGACACCUAUGAGGCUGAAGGGCUGGCCCUGGAUGACGAAGAUGUAGAGGAGCUGACAGCCAGUCAGAGGGAGGCAGCCGAGAGGGUCAUGAGGCAGCGUGACCGGGAGGCUGGCCGGGGCCUGGGCCGCAUGCGCCGGGGGCUCCUAUACGACAGUGAUGAGGAAGAUGAGGAGCGCCCCAGCCGUAAGCGCCGCCAGGUGGAGCGUGCCACAGAGGACGGCGAGGAGGAUGAGGAGAUGAUCGAGAGCAUUGAGAACCUGGAGGACCUCAAGGGCCACUCUGUGCGCGAGUGGGUGAGCAUGGUGGGCCCCCGGCUGGAGAUCCACCACCGCUUCAAGAACUUCCUGCGCACACAUGUGGACAGCCAUGGCCACAACGUCUUCAAGGAGCGUAUCAGCGACAUGUGCAAAGAGAACCGUGAGAGCCUGGUGGUAAACUAUGAGGACCUGGCGGCCCGAGAGCACGUCCUGGCCUACUUCCUGCCUGAGGCACCGGCUGAGCUGCUGCAGAUCUUUGACGAGGCUGCCCUGGAGGUGGUGCUGGCCAUGUACCCCAAAUACGACCGCAUCGCCAGCCACAUCCAUGUCCGCAUCUCCCACCUGCCCCUGGUGGAGGAGCUGCGCUCACUGAGGCAGCUGCACCUGAACCAGCUGAUCCGCACAAGUGGAGUGGUGACCAGCUGCACGGGCAUCCUGCCACAGCUCAGCAUGGUCAAGUACAACUGUAACAAGUGCAGCUUCGUGCUUGGGCCCUUCUGCCAGUCCCAGAACCAGGAGGUGAAGCCAGGCUCCUGCCCCGAGUGCCAGUCCGUGGGCCCCUUCGAAGUCAACAUGGAGGAGACCAUCUAUCAGAACUACCAGCGCAUCCGGAUCCAGGAAAGUCCAGGCAAAGUGGCGGCCGGCCGGCUGCCCCGCUCCAAGGACGCCAUCCUCCUUGCUGACCUGGUGGACAGCUGUAAGCCAGGAGACGAGAUUGAGCUGACUGGCAUCUACCACAACAACUACGACGGCUCCCUCAACACUGUCAAUGGCUUCCCUGUCUUUGCCACAGUCAUCCUGGCCAACCACGUGGCCAAGAAGGACAACAAAGUGGCUGUCGGGGAGCUGACAGACGAGGAUGUGAAGAUGAUCACUAGCCUCUCCAAGGACCAGCAGAUCGGGGAGAAGGCAGGUGGAGGAGGGAGGGUGCCGGGCCUCAUCCUCUCCUGCGACCACCCUGGAUCCUCCCCAUGCACCCGAAUUUCCCCUGUGGAGCUGGGUCCCCUGUGGCCUGGUGGAAGGCCCCUGUCUGGGGCGAGGGUGUAAACUCUGGCAUCGGGAAUGGCACCCCCAGCUCCAGCUCUGCCAUGUGCUGCACGUGCUGAAUGCCUCUCUGGGCCCCUGUCCCCAUCUAUGACAGGGAGAGGAGGGACCUGUACGGGACAGGGUCGCUGGAGGAUU